UGAAGUGGAAAGGGAAGGACUUGUUUGAUUUAGUGUGCAGGACGCUGGGACUCCGGGAAACCUGGUUCUUCGGCCUUCAGUACACCAUCAAGGACACAGUGGCUUGGCUCAAAAUGGACAAGAAGGUGCUGGACCAUGACGUUCCCACUGAGGAGCCCGUCACCUUUCACUUCCUGGCCAAGUUUUAUCCUGAAAAUGCAGAGGAGGAGCUGGUCCAGGAGAUCACCCAGCACUUAUUCUUCCUGCAGGUAAAGAAGCAGAUUUUGGAUGAGAAGAUCUACUGCCCUCCCGAGGCUUCGGUGCUGCUGGCCUCCUACGCUGUCCAAGCCAAGUACGGCGACUAUGACCCCAAUGUGCACAAGCGAGGCUUCCUGGCACAGGAGGAGCUGCUGCCAAAGCGGGUGAUAAACCUGUACCAGAUGACUCCGGAGAUGUGGGAGGAGCGAAUAACGGCCUGGUAUGCUGAGCACCGCGGCAGAGCGAGAGAUGAAGCUGAAAUGGAAUAUUUGAAGAUAGCUCAGGACUUGGAGAUGUAUGGAGUGAACUAUUUUGCAAUUAGGAAUAAAAAGGGUACUGAACUGCUGCUUGGAGUCGAUGCCUUAGGUCUUCACAUUUACGACCCAGACAACAGGCUGACCCCCAAAAUCUCCUUCCCGUGGAACGAGAUCCGAAAUAUUUCCUACAGCGAUAAAGAGUUUACGAUUAAGCCGUUGGACAAAAAGAUCGAUGUUUUUAAAUUCAAUUCGUCAAAGCUGCGCGUGAAUAAGCUGAUUCUCCAGCUGUGUAUUGGGAACCACGAUCUCUUCAUGAGGAGGAGAAAGGCAGACUCACUGGAGGUGCAGCAGAUGAAGGCGCAGGCCAGGGAGGAGAAAGCCAGGAAGCAGAUGGAGCGGCAACGCCUGGCCCGAGAGAAGCAAAUGAGGGAAGAGGCUGAGCGGACGAGGGAUGAGCUGGAGAGAAGACUGAUGCAGUUAAAGGAGGAGGCAACAAUGGCCAACGAGGCUCUGAUGAGGUCCGAAGAGACAGCAGACUUGCUGGCUGAGAAGGCCCAGAUCACAGAGGAGGAGGCCAAGCUUCUGGCUCAGAAAGCAGCCGAGGCCGAGCAGGAGAUGCAGCGGAUCAAAGCCACGGCAAUCCGGACGGAGGAGGAGAAACGGCUGAUGGAGCAGAAGGUGCUGGAGGCAGAGAUGUUGGCACUGAAAAUGGCCGAGGAGUCUGAGCGGAGGGCAAAGGAGGCUGAUCAGCUAAAGCAAGACCUCCAGGAGGCUCGAGAGUCUGAGCGGAGAGCGAAGCAGAAGCUCCUGGAGAUCACCAGCAAGUCCUCGUACACGCCCAUGAACUCCAGUACAACAGCACUGCCCACCGACCUUCCAAGCUUCAACCUCAUCAGCGAGAGCCUCUCCUUUGACUUCAAGGAUACAGACAUGAAGAGGCUUUCGAUGGAAAUUGAGAAGGAGAAGGUCGAGUACAUGGAGAAAAGCAAACAUCUGCAGGAGCAACUGAACGAGUUGAAGACAGAGAUCGAGGCGCUGAAGCUGAAGGAGAGAGAGACGGCGCUGGAUAUAUUGCACAAUGAGAACACCAGCCGAGGCAACAGCAAGCACAACACUAUUAAAAAGCCUCAAGCCCAGGGCAGAAGACCUAUCUGCAUUUGAGACUGCCGAGCAGGUUACGCCAAGGUACCCUGUGCGCGGUGGUGGGAUCGCUGGCUGCGGCGCUAACCCGUGCAUGUGCUUGCCCUUGGCCUGCGCUGCGCUUGCCAGCCCCGCGCCGCUCCUCCCAUGCCAUGGCCUUGCGUUUCGCCGGCGCCAGACCCAGCUCCCCGGCACUCAGCACCCUGCCCGACUCUCACUCCAUUGCUGGUGUUCACAGGUCCUUUGCUUUUGCACCUCAUCCUCUGCGCUGGGGAGUGUUGUCUUCGGCGGGAGCUGAGCCGGCAGGCAUGGAUGCUUAAAUAAUGAAACAUGCCUGGUUUUGCUCCGCUGCCAGUGGCUGGAAAGCUAGCGGCUGUACCAGGCGGCCUUUGGAGAUUUCUUUAGUGAAGUAAAGCAGAGCCUUCCCCCUUGUUGGCUGCAGAAGGAAAGUCAGGAUUUAGAAAAGCAAAAGCGAUGGCAUCAAGCCUCCAUCUCUCGCUGCUGCUGCUAAAACUGCCGUAAUCUAGAAAUCGGCACUUCUGUCUCAGAGCAGGGCAGCGUGUGGGUGUAAGACCAGCCUUUGCUCGUGGGUGAAGUAGCAGAGGCAGGUAAAGCAGACGGCUGAGGAUAGCCAGCGUCCGCAGGGGUUUCUGAGGAGAGACUGCAGCUGGGGUGGUCUGGGGAGCAGGUGCUGGGUGUUUCCCACGGCCACAGGUGCCCGUCCCCAGCUCUGGGUUCUCCACUCGUGCCCACAGCCCUGAAGAGCUGUGGCCAUUGGAAGCGGAGAAGGUUUCCCCCAUGUCCCUGGGCGCUGAAUUAGUCCCUAUUCCUGGGCUCGCAGGCACCGGCCCCUUUUUAAAUGACUCAAAUCACUGCACUUCAGCCAGGUCCUUGCGGGAGACGGUUUCCCAAUUUGAGUGUUGGCUGAGGAAGUGCCUGCUCGAACGCUCCGGCGGCGCCGGCCUUGGAAAGCGGUAGCGUCUGUGUGCGGGAAGGGGAGCAGACAGACGCGACGCAGCUGGACUCGUCAGCUUGGCAGGGACACGUUCGCGAAGCUCUUUCCAAAGUUGCCUUCAUCCCAAGGGUAGCUUGUGCUGGGCUUCGCUGCGAAGCUCUGCUCCUUUCCCUGAGUCGCCUGGUGGUUUCGGCUCUGUUAACACCAUGUCUGUCCUUUCCAGAAACUGCUUUUCCUCAAAGGUUUUGGCCUUGUUUCAUGUGUCCAGGUGCAUGCGGAGAAGUGACUUGCGUGCCUCUAGGGAAGAUGGGGUUGGGGAAGGGUUGGGUUUUUGGUUUUGGUUUUGUUUGUUUGGGGGGGUUUUUUUGCUCUCGAUUGCAGCCACAUGGCGAGCGCUGCUGGGUGACCGCAGGGCUUUGGUGCCUGCCUUUGAAGACACCUGCUAAGUUUUUCAGUUUUAAUUACAUUUUUAACGUGCUAACCCUUUUUUUAUGGAUUGCCUCCUCCAGCAGCCUUGCCGACGCGGGCUGGCUCAGCGCCUCUGGACGGCUCAGCUUCAGCAGGGUUUGCUGCUCACCCUGCAGUAAAAUAGGAAAAAAAGCCCAUUUUGUCCUCAUGUCCUCUGGUGGAAACCUUCUCUUGAGAUGGGCUGCUGCUCACAGAUGUGAACGCAAGCAGGCCUUUCAUUCCCCUUGCUUUCUUCUCGCCCCGUCAUGCUUAUUAACUGGGAUUUAAGCCCUUUGAAGGAUCCCGGCACAGAGCAAACCUCCUGUUCCCAGACAGGCAGCUUCGUCCUUGCCCAGUGCCCUGCUCCUUCGCUAAAUGCGCCCCAUCUUUCCAGCU